AUGCUCGUUUCGGUUGUGUCGACACCCAUGGGAGCAUGUGGCCCAAGACCUGAGGCCCCCCAUGGGCCUCCACCACCCUUGCUGCCCAAACCUGGAAAAGACAACCAGAGACUUCAGAAGCUACUGAGAAAAGCCGCUCGGAAGAAGACGGUGGGAACAAUCCCCGCCCCACCUGGGGCCUUCCGUACCUCCCUGUCCCCCGUGAGUGAGGCCAGUCAUGACCUGGAGACCACCGUCCAGCGUCCUGCCGAAGCCCCUCACUUGGUGGUUCCCCUGCCCCGCUCACCACAUUUCCCUAUUGUUCACCACGUGGCCUCGCCCCUACAGAAGUCCACUUUCUCUUUCAGUCUUCCUCAGCAAAAGUCCCUGACAACUCAUUUCAAGGCACUGCCUAGGCUUGAAGCCCCAACCCCAGAAACCGCCUGGUCUCGCAAUGGCUUUGCCCAUGUAUCUGCCCCUACAGCGGCUGGUACCCACAUCACCCAAGUGCAUAUCCGGCUGUCACCAUCCUCGCAUACUGGGACUUCUGAGUCCCCCAGGAUGGCCCUGGACGGGGAUAAAAGCCUGCGUAAUUCUCAUACCCAGCCUCUCAUCCCAGUAGCACAUAUUCGCCCCCUGCCCACCGGGAUGCAGGCAGUCAGUCCUGGGCCUGAGGAGCCCCCUGUAACAAGGCCGCCACCCAGCUUUCAGGCCUCAGCAUCCAGAGAGUCAGGGGCUCGAGUGGUGGUGCCCAUAGCCCCUACCUACCGCUCAUCUGGACCCUCACCUUAUAGCCCAGCUCCUGCAGCUCCUGAAGCAGAACAAGUAGAGGAGCUGCCCACAGCCAGGCUUGCCAUGGAGCCCAAGCAGGUCUCCAACCUCCCAGCAGCCUCAGGUCCCUCGGGCCUCCCCCCAUGCCCUGUUCCCAAAGUUGCACCCAAGCCCUGCCUUAGUGGUUGGACACGCCUGAAGAAGCAACUGAUGGAGGACGCAGAGCAGCCUGCAUUUCCAGAGCCGGAGCUGAGUGUGGAGUCUAUGCCACCGGAGGUGUCAGCCCCUAUGGGCCCACAGCCCCCUGCCUCCAGGGCCUCUAGGAUGUGGGAUGCAGUGCUGUACCGCAUGUCACUGACUGAGUCCCGUAAAAGCCACCCUGUGGGGCCCGGAGAUGGGGGACACCCCCCGGCCUGCCUCAGUCGCCUGCCUUUUCUGUACCGACCUCGCUUCAAUGCCCGGAAGCUACAGGAGGCUGUCCGGCCUGCUCCUACACUGCACCCCAUCCUGGAGCUACACUCCCAGCCCAAGAACUUCAACCGGACAGCAGCAGGUUGGAGGCUCCAGUGAUGUAGCCAGAGUGGCCUCCCAUACUCCGGACUGUGGUGGACAGAGACUGACUGAGGCUGAGGAUACAGAGAGAGGGUCUCAGUCCUCACAAGUGAACACAAUGGGUCAGGAUAGUGCAU